GUGUUGAACAGUCGCGUAGAGUUCUAAUAAUGUUUCGGUCUCUUGUUGUUGUUUUUGCAACUAUAGUGACCUGCCAAACCAAUCUUGCAGUCGAUCCGCCGGUGGUAUGUGGACACAUACCUACGGAAGUGUAUUCUUGCCUCGGCGCGCCAAAAGUUGUAAAGAUGAAAGUAGUCAAUCAGUGCAGUAAGGAUUUAUCCGAGUGCGAAAGAAUGACAUGCGUGUUCACGAAGUCCGGUUGGAUGAACGGUGAUAAGAUCGACAAGGAGAAAUUAUCAGCCCACUUCGACCAACUGGCGAGGGAUCACCCUGAAUGGGAGCCAGCGGUGCAGAGCACGAAGACGACGUGUCUAACCGCUGACUUGCCAGCGCAGGGGAUUCACCUAAAUUGCCCGGCCUAUGACGCUAUGACGUGCAGUUUUGCAAGUUUCAUUAAGAACGCGCAGCCGUCUCAGUGGUCCUCAUCACCGUUUUGCAAACCGUCUCGUCAGUUCGCGGCCGCCUGUCCCGUCUGCCCGUCUGAUUGCUUCGCUCCGUUGAUACCUACCGGUUCAUGUAACGCUUGCAUGAGUCUGCCGAGAUCACCGUGAUUUAAAAAAUAAACUAUAAACAAUUAAUAAAGUUAUUAGUUUUGUUACGCA